CAUUAGGCUUCCCGUAGUUACCGUCGGCGUUCUCAUUUUGCGUUUAGGUUUUUCUUUGCCUAUCUCUCUCCUGUUUGUUGUGCAACGUAAAAGUUUUUGGCCAUUGACGGACUUGUACCGAGCUGUGCGAGUAGCUGAGGUUCUAUAAUCACUUUGAAUGCCCUUGCCGUCUUGUAAGAAACUCGCAUCAAUGGACGGAUGCUCUUCGACGUUUGGGAGCAACUCGAUUGUCUGUGAGAACUUGAUAAGUGAACUUGGUGAUACUCUGGGUAAUGUUUUACAUGUCGAAGACAGUGAAGCUGUAGUUGGUACUUCGAAAGCAGAGAUAUCACGUGGAGUUUCUGUGCUUAAGGCUAAGUAUGAGAAGUGUCUCGUUAAAUGUGCAACUUUUCCAUUGCCUCGAGAGAAGUUAUCUCCACAUUUGUUGUCUGAUGAAUCGGCUGAUGAGCCCGAAUCCGCUUUGCGAGAACUAUUCUCAGAGGAGCACAUUAAUAAUGUCUACUCACGUUCAAUUUCUUUUCCUUUGCAGACGUCUUCGGAGCUUGUAUCUGCCAUGAAAGGCACUCGUGAGAAACUGGGUGCUUCUCCUGGGAAGCUUACAGUGAGAUGGGCUCCUGACGUCUAUGAUCCGCCACCAACAUCAGUUUCUCACUUUCUCAGUAGGGGCACAAAGCAACAGAAGGUGCCCAAGAAGGAUAAGAGAAAUGGAAAGAGGGGCCAGAAAGGGAAAGACUUCUCACGAGGAACAUCUGGCAAGGACUCGUCCAAGAGGGACAAGAAAAAGAAGCAUUCUCGCCGACCAUCUGGAAGUUCUGAUAGGUGUUUUAACAAGCUGGAUGAUAAUAAUUGCCGUCUUGGCAUUCCAGAUGACAUGCGCCAAUUUGAUAUUGGAAAUCCUGUCCCAGACUCCUCCUGUGGGAGCAGCUUCUUCAAGCACUCCCUGACUCAGGUGCACUACUCUGCCGCAGAGGCACUGUGAGAUGAUCCCCAGUUGAUGACCUGAACUCUUUGGCAGGUCAUGUAUAUAAAUAAUUCUAACAAGUGGUUUUGUUUGGCGGCUAUCGUAAGACCUACCGAGUUACACAUGUUUGGACAGCUCGUAUUUGGUGUUUUGAGACACCUAGUGUGAAUGUUUUGUCAAUCCACGGUAUUAGCUGUGGUCUAUGUUUGGCUAUUUAGUGAGCGUUGCAUA